AUUUUAUAAGCUCUAGGCACGACCCGCCGCUGAUUCUAAUAAUUUCGCGGUACAAAGUGAUUUGGUUGACCCGUGGAGACUAUGUAUGACGUGGUGGUGGUGGGGGCGGGGAUCGAGGGGUCAGCCACGGCCUACAACCUGGCCAAGAACGGACAGAAAACCCUGCUUCUGGAGCAGGUCAGUAUAUAUACCCUUCCCUCUGCCUCACUCCCGCGGGAGUUCUCACGGACAGAGUAGAAUCACCCGUGUGGAAUACGGUGAGGAUGACCAUUACGCCGUGAUGAUGAAAGAAGGCGGGAAACUGUGGCUUUCCCUGGAGCGCGAGUCAGGGACCUCUCUCUUAGUGAACUGCGGCUGUCUGUCAGUCAGCAAGCAAGGUAACUCUUACAUGAAGGCUACAAUAUCCUCCCUGUCACGGAACGGUAUAAAGUACGAUAUCCUGACCCCUGGGGACCUGAGGGACAGGUACCCGAUGUUGUCCCUGCCGCCAGAUUACGUGGGGGUGUUUGACUACAGUGGAGGGGUGCUGAGGGCGGACAAAGCUCUCAGGGCAUUUCAGACUCUGUUCGUCAAGCACGGAGGCGAGUUGAGAGACGGGGAAGAGGUGACAGGUAUCCUACCGGGUUCUGACGUCACCAUUGUGACGUCACAGGGAGAAUACAGGGCCAGGAAGGUUGUACUCACGCUGGGACCAUGGGCCCCCAAAUUUUUGCCCAAGCUCGGCAUUAAUUUACCUUUAGAGACAGUGUUGAUCCUGGUAUUAUAUUGGAAGGAGAAAAAAGAUGGCGAGUUCUCUGCAGGUCGAUUUCCGGCGUUCAGAAAUAUCAGAGAAAAUGGUGGAGUGUACGCUCUACCUAGCUUGGAAUACCCGGGACAUGCAAAAGUGUGUUACCAUGACGGCCCUGAGACUGACCCCGACAGUCGAGAUAUGGCGGACACGGGGCGGAUCCUGAGUACGAUGAAGAGUUACGUCAGGGAGCACCUGCCUAGUCUACAGGACCCGCCCUCUAUCGUCGAACCCUGCAUGUACACGAAUACUCCUGACAAACAAUUUAUCCUAGACCACCAUCCUAUCCACAGGAACAUCAUAAUAGGAGCAGGAUUUUCCGGGCAUGGGUUUAAGUUAGCCCCAGUGGUGGGCAAGAUUCUGAGUGAGCUGGCCAUGGAUAAGACCCCCUCCUAUGACCUCACCCCCUGCCGUAUAGACAGGUUCUCCAGCACUAAAGCCCGGAUGUAAUGCACCUAAAAUUUAUCAUAUGCAGAUACAUCACAACUUAAAAUAAG